AAAGAGAAGAAGGCAUAGUGAGAAUCACACACAGAACGAGGCAGCUCCAUCUCUGUUCUCUCUGUGACACAGAUUCCCCUCCUGUCAUUCUCUCUCUCCAUUAACUUUUUUCUUCUUUCUUUGCCUUUCCAACUCUCCAUUUUACUCCUUUCUCUCUCUCUCUUCACAUUUCUGCAAAAUACUCAUUUCAUUUCAUCCAACACUAACCCUCCCUAUUGGCUCCUGCUACGUUUCACUUUCUUUUACUCUGUAUUUGCCUCUUGAAAGCAGCUCCUCCUCUCUUUCACUCUGUUUUUACACUCUUGUCUUACUUUGACACUAGUGUUGAUAAGUCCACUGAAAUUAUGCAUCAAUCCUCCGUGCUAAGCUUUCUACUGGUGAGUUUUUAGUUUUGUGAAGAAAGUCUUCAGCUUUUACGAGUUUUAAAGAGGUUUGCUCUGUUUUGAAAUUUAAGCUUAGGGUUUAGACAAGGUUCUGCCUUUUUGUGUACUUCGUUUUUUUGGUUUAUUAGGGUUUUAGUUUUGCAACAUUUUGGUUUUAUAGUCUGUGAAUGGGGUUUAUUUCAUGAGGUCUGUUGUUGAAGUUGUUGUAAGGGUUUGAUUGUUUCAUUUAGUAGAAGAAAUGCAGUUAAAUUGAAGGGAAAAUGGGUUUAUCAAGUUCGAAAUCUGAGAGAAAUGAAGCUUUGCGUUUGUGCAAAGCAAGGAGGAAAUUUAUCAAACAAGCAAUUGAUUCAAGGCAUGAAUUUGCGGCUGCCCAUGUUUCUUAUACUCAGUCUCUUAAAAAUAUUGGCAUUGGCUUAAGGAGAUAUGCUGAGGCUGAGGUUUUGAUUGAGUCUUCUUUAUCAACAACCUCACCCACUGAGCUUGACAAAACACCAUCACAUUCAUCAUAUCCAUCACCAUCUCCUUCACAUAUUAACGAAGCAUCUGAUUCACCUUUGCACAAUGAGCAAAGCCCUAGUCUUAGCCCUAGCCCUAAGCUCAAUCACAUUGCCCCACCCAUGGCGGCAAAUGUAAGCUAUAUGAGAACUGCUAAGAGCACUUCUGUGACUGUUGUGAUGAAUGCAAAUAGUGGUGCUAGUGGUUUUUUGGAGGAUGAGUCACUGGUAAUGCCUAUGCCCCCACCACCACCACCUCCUUUUGAGUCAGGCUCUUGGGACUUUUUUGACCCUAGUGAUGAGAGUGAGAGCUUUAGGUUUGUGGGGCAUAACGGGGGCCUUGAUUUGGACUAUGAGGAUACGAGAGAGUGGGGACAGUUUAGGACUGAAGGUGUUGGUGCUGGUGAUAACGUAGUUGAGAGAAAGGGGAAAUGGGCAAAGGUUGGUUCUGCUGGGAGUAGUGAAUAUCGUGAGGGAACUAUGAGGCCGGAAUGGGGGCAAAAAGAUGCCAAAAUGACUGGUGAAUCUGUGGAUUUUAAUGCGGCUAAUGGUUGUCCGAUGAGCUCCAGAGGAGUUGAAUUAAGGGGAAAUGCUGCUCUUGAGCAAUCAAGUUCUAAGAGGGAGAAUACUACGGUGGAUAAAGAUUUGUGUGCUGAAAGAGAAGAUCCUUCAGAGUUCAUUACUCAUAGAGCUAAGGAUUUUCUGUCCAGCAUCAAGGAUAUAGAGCACCGUUUCUUUAGAGCAUCUGAGUCUGGCAAGGAAAUGUCUCGGAUGCUUGAGGCAACCAAUAUCAGGGUUAGAAUUUCUGAGGCAAAAGGGAGUUCAUCAGCCUCAGAUGCUUUGGCAUCAUUUCAUCUAGGUUGCUGCUGUGGAAAGAAUGGACCAGUUUCUGAUGAACCUGUACAACCUGUUACAAAGGUCAUUACUUGGAAGCGAACAACAUCGUCAAGGUCAUCUUCAUCAAGGAAUCCGCUAAACACAGGAGCAAAAGAUGAUAUGAGUGACAGUGGAAGUGAUUUUUUCGAAGAUUUCUGCAUGAUAGCAGGAAGUCAUGCAUCCUCCCUGGAUAGACUCUAUGCAUGGGAAAAAAAACUCUAUGAUGAAGUGAAGGCCAGUGAAUAUAUCCAGAAGCAAUAUGACCAGAAAUGUGACCAGCUGAGGCACCAGUUUGCAAAGGAUCAUAGUACUCACGCAAUUGAUAAAACCCGGUCAGUGAUAAAGGAUCUAUACUCUAGAAUCAUUGUGGCACUUCAAUCCGUUGAUUCCAUAUCCAGGCGAAUUGAAAAAAUGAGAGAUGAAGAAUUGCAUCCACAACUUGUUGAGCUAAUUCAGGGGUUGAUCCGAAUGUGGAAGGCCAUGCUUGAAUGUCAUCAUGCACAGUACAUCACCAUCUCAUUGGCAUAUCAUUCGAGGAGCUCAGCAGGAACUCCCCAGGGAGAUACACACAAGCAGAUUCUGGCUCAGCUCCUGGAGGAGGUUGAAUGCUUCGGCUUGAGCUUUGCUGACUGGAUCAACAGUCUCACAUCUUAUGUGAUAGCUCUUAACGGCUGGCUGAACAAUUGCAUUCUUCCACAACAAGAGCGUUCCAAAAGCAGGAAGCCUUUCUCCCCUCGUCGAGCUGUGGCCCCACCUAUAUUUGUUCUAUGUCGUGAUUGGUCAGCUGGGCUUAGCAGUUUGCCAUCAGAUGAACUUAGCAAUGAAAUCAAAACCUUCUUGUCUGAUUUGCAACAAUUAAUGCAGCAACAAGCAGAACAGCAACAGGAGAAACAGAAAUUACUUGAUGCAAACAAUGGAGAAUCAGAAGGCAAAGAUGACGAGAAAAACGAUAAUGCCUCUGUAAACUUGUCAUGUUUACAUACAAGUCUGGCAAAGGUUCUUGAUCGACUCAACAAGUUUUCUGAGGCAUCCCUCAAAAUGUAUGAGGAUAUUAGACUGAAAAAUGAUCAAGCCGUUGAGUCAUAUGCAAGACUCAAGCCAGCCAGAGGUUGAAUGUUGUGAUUGUCGAUAUAGACAUCUUUAAGUUUGUGGUUGAAAUAGGUAUGUGUAAAUUUCAAGAUGUUGCAUAAAGCCUUUGAGAAGCAGGAAGUUUAAGAGUGGAGAAUGAAACUGGAAGUGUCGGCUAAUUUAUAGGUUUUCAUGCUCUUGGUUUUAUAAAAUAUUGAGAGUGUUGCUACAAAA